GGGCAGAAGACGUUGGGAACAGUUAGGAAGGCGUUUUAUGAGGGCGCCGUCAUUCAUUCGGUUCAUUCCCUCGCGAGGUUGUGCCGGGGUAGGAGGGUGGAUAGGUGCGUACUUGGUUACUUUUCAUCUGCCCCAUCGAUUUGCGUAGCUAUAUCACUCGUGUACGCUUAAGGUUGAGCUCAUAAGUGAAAGAGAAGACGGUGUGCAUAGUUCCGGCCUGCGCCUCCACAGCAGCACAGCUCGCUUCCAUCGAUCGGUACCUUCCAGGACGAAGUGUCGGGCUACCAACAUUAAGAAGCAAAAUGAGCCUCAGCGAAGAGUUCAUGGACCGGCUGCGCGCCGAGUUCGUGGCCGAGCCGAGGAACCUGUUGGCCCAGAACGUCUGCACCAAGUACGACCCAAACGAGGCGGCAAUCGGGCGGCGCGCGCUUGAGGAAAUCAACCACGUGUUCCAGCAUAAGGUGGACGAGGCGCGGCCGCGCUGUGACCAGGCCUCCAGCGGCCGCUGCUGGAUCUUCGCCGGCCUGAACGCCAUGCGCAUCCCCUUCAUGAAGGCUCUCAACAUCGAGGAGUUCGAGUUCAGCCAGAGCCAACUGUUCUACUGGGACAAGGUGGAGCGGUCCAACUACUUCCUGCACACGGUGGUGGAGACGGCCAAACGCGGCGAGCCGGUGGACGGCCGGCUCGUGUCGUUCCUGCUCUCGAGCCCGAUCUGCGACGGCGGCCAGUGGGACAUGCUGCUCAACCUGAUCAACAAGUACGGCGUGGUGCCGAAGCGCUGCUUCCCGGACGCCCACUGCGGCAAGAACUCUGGCCGCAUGAACUCGAUCGUGACCAGCAAGCUGCGCGAGUUCACGCGCGACUUGCGCCACCUGGUGGAGAAGGGCGCCUCGGACGAGGACCUGGAGGCGACGAUCGCGCGCCAGGUGGGCCAGGUGCACCGCAUUCUGGCCAUCUGCCUGGGCCUGCCGCCGCGCACCUUCACCUGGGAGUACUACGACAAGAACAAGGCCUACCACAAGGUCGGCCCCAUCACGCCGCGCGACUUCUACGAGCAGCACGUCAAGCCGCACUUCAACGCCUCUGAGCAGGUGUGUCUGAUUCACGACCCGCGGCCCGCCAACCCCAGCGGCGCCGCCUACACGGUCGACUGUCUGGGUAACAUGGUGGGCGGCCGGCGCACCAUCUACAACAACCAGCCGGUGGAGCUGCUGGGCCGGCUGGCGGCCGCCGCGCUCACCGACGGCAAGCCCGUCUGGUUCGGCUGCGAGGUCGGCAAGGCCUUCGCCAGCAAGCUGGGCAUCAGCGACCCCACAAUAUACGACUACAAGCUGCUGUUCGGUGUGGACGUCAGCCUGCCACUGAGCAAGGCGGAGCGCCUGCUGCUCGGCGAGUCCAUGAUGAACCACGCCAUGUGCCUGACGGGUGUCACACUCGAUGAGGACGGCACGCCGCUCAAGUGGCGCGUGGAGAACUCGUGGGGUGAGGAGAACGGCGACAGCGGCUACCUGGUCAUGUCGCACAGCUGGUUCCUCGAGUUUGUCUUCGAGGUGGUGGUAGACAAGAAGUACGUGCCUGAGGAGGUGAUGGCCGUGUUCGAGCAGGAGCCGACCGUGCUGCCGGCCUGGGAUCCGCUCGGUGCGCUGGCGCGCGCAUAGGGCCGCCCGGCCCGGCGGCGACCCGUCGUACUGGGGCGCCGGCCGUCGCCUUCGGCGAUGGUCCGGCAGAACAGUGCGCUACCACUAUCGGUGUGCGGCGCGCGAGAACACAGCGCCACUCGUGUACGUGUUUUAUGAUACGGCAUGCCCCGGUACGUAGGGGGAGCAGUGGUUCUCACGGUGGCCCGAGGAGAUUUCCUCCGACGUGGUCGCCUGUGAGCACGAUGUACUGCAUGGAUUUAUAAUUGGUAGUUUGUGGUGUUGUUAUAGGCGUAUUAACCGAGAAGCCAACACACUUUGCCGAAAAGUGCAUCCAGCUUUGAACAGUUUGUCUUGUCUGCAAUACCCACUGGCAGGCUCAGCCUACCCUUGUGAUGUCAUUUGCGUGCGCUGGCGAUCCAUGUCGCGAAAUCUCGCCACACAUUGUGACACACCGACGUGUCUUCUCCAAUGUACAAGCCAACCAGACCCGCAGACAGUUGUCUGCGUACCUGCAGCUACGUUCUCGACUACUGACAGCAGACUCGGCCCGCACGUGCAGCGCCCCGCGCUUCGGCCGAGAUGCGCGCCCGACCUUGCCCUCCGGCGCCCCGUCGCGCGCCGAGUACAAGCCUUUCGUUCGCUGCGCCAGUUCAAAGUACACACGAGAAGGUCCGGCCCGCCUUCCGAACACCAGCUACCUCCGCCACUCGGCCGCCGCGCCGCCGUGAGCGGCCCGCGCUGCCGGCGCCGUGA